GAUACUAUCUUUUGAAGUUUAUUCAUUAUUCGUUUAGGGUAAUAAGGCUACUUGGUAGAAUGCACUCAGUGCACUUUGUCGAUUCAGUUAAUCUAGAAAUAACAUGGAGAUUAUUUUUUCCCCGCAACCAAUCGAUUGGUCGAGUACGUACAAUUUCAGUCGACUAGGGUUUUUAUUGGUUGACUACAAACCUAGUUAACACUGUUCUACGUUACAAAGAAAUACAAAACCGUAAUAAUGAGCCUUUAAAAUAUAAAUUUUACAAGCGCACGCAUGAAGUGAGCGAGACAAGCUGCCCUUUAACGACGCCGACAAAAGCCGUAGUGAUUCUGGAUUUGUCGGAACAACCCGCCAAGAGGAUGCCGGCACGAGUGGCCACGCUAAGUGGCUAACGUUAAACCACUUACAUGUUUCAAAUGAUAAGCCAUGUUUGAGGUCAACGAAUGAUAGGCGAUGUUUGCCUGUACAGUUUGCAUGUCACCUUUUUGGGGUCGUCCUUUACCCUCUCGAAAUGAUCCCGAACGUUGGAUUUCCCGCCCGACAUACUCCAAGAGACGAAGAGGACCAGGAGGAGUCAGAGUGUCACCAUGACAACAGUGACGGGACCAACAAUAACAACAACAACAACCGACGCAAGACGGUGUGUCCAGGUGUAGGCGAACACCCUCUGCAGUAUAAUUACACCUUCUGGUACAGCAGAAGAACUCCAAGUCGUCCUGCCAGCUCUCAGAGUUACGAACAAAACAUCCGACAGAUUGGCACCGUGGCAUCGGUGGAGCAGUUCUGGAAAUUUUACAGUCACCUGGUCCGACCAGGCGAUCUGAGUGGACACAGUGACUUCCACCUGUUUAAGGAGGGAAUCAAACCCAUGUGGGAGGAUGGCAUGUCACUGUCCGCAUUCCGCUCGAGGGAUCCCACAAUUGUUAUGGAAAUUUCUCUGCUGCUGGUGAAGAAUGAAAUAGCGACUUCUGCCGGCCUACAAGGUUUUUAUUUUCUUUGCAAAGAAAAGGAUGAGUCUAACCGCAGUGGGGGGAAGUGGAUCAUUCGUCUCCGUAAAGGUCUGGCCAGUCGAUUCUGGGAAAACAUCAUACUGGCCAUGCUGGGAGAGCAGUUCAUGGUGGGAGAGGAGAUCUGUGGAGCUGUGGUCUCUAUACGCUUUCAGGAGGAUAUCUUGUCAAUUUGGAACAGAACGUCCAAUGAUCAGACAACGACUUCCAGAAUCAGAGACACUCUGAGACGAGUCCUGAACCUUCCAGCAAACACCAUCAUGGAGUACAAAACCCACAACGACAGCCUCAGGGACAACUCAAGCUUCAGAAACACAAAGAUUUCCCUCUGAAGACCCUGUCCAAUCAGGAUGCAGAUCACCAUUGUCUCACUUUGCUCUCAUUGGCCAGUUGAGGUGUGUGUGUGUGUGUGUGUGUGUGUGUGUGUGUGUGUGUGUGUG